AUGUCAUCAGAGACGGAGGAUCAUUCAAACACCACAUCACGUGUCAAUGUAAAAAACAAUGAUCCAGAGGCUCAAACAUUAAAUGAUGAAACACUAAAAAAUGGUCAAGUUAAAGUACAAUUAAGUAAAAUUGAAUUGAUCAUGAUCAUUAUUGGUUUAUCACUUGGAGUUUUCUUAGCUACAUUGGAUCAAACUAUCGUGUCUACAGCAUUACCAAAAAUCGCUUCAGACUUUAAUGCUCUAGAUGAAAUUUCUUGGGUUGCCACCUCAUUUUUAUUAACAAUGACGGGUUUACAACCGACUUAUGGAAAAUUUUCGGAUAUUUUUGGUAGAAAAGAAACAAUCCUAUUUGCAAUUAUUAUUUUUGAAAUAGGAAGUUUGCUUUGUGGUCUAGCCUCAAAUAUGAUUUCAUUGAUUAUCUUCCGUGCCAUAGCUGGACUUGGAGGUGGUGGUAUCAUUAGCUUGGUUAUGAUUAUAAUAUCAGAUAUCGGCUCAUUUCAAGAUCGCGGAAAAUAUCAGGGAAUUAUUGUGGCUGUUUAUGGUUUCUCUUCAGUAGUGGGCCCGUUACUUGGAGGCGUUUUUACAGAUCACUUAACUUGGAGAUGGGCAUUUUUUAUUAACCUUCCAUUAGGAGCAGUAGCUGUUGUCGCAAUAAUAUUUUUGCUUCGUAUGCCACGCCCAAAAGGCUCAUUAAUACAAAAACUUAAACGGAUAGAUUAUCUUGGAACCAUUGUUAUGACUUUAACUAUUGUAGCAUUUUUAUUACCGUUGAAUUGGGGAGGAAAUGUGUACGCAUGGAAUUCUCCUAUUAUUAUUGCCCUAUUAGUAUUAGGAUGUGUUGGAUUAUUUUUAUUUGUUUUGAUUGAAGUUAAAUUUGCCAUUGAACCCGUUGCGCCAUCUCAUUUGUUUAAAAAUGUAAAUGUUAUGGGAAACUUAAGCACGAUCUUCUUUCAAGGAAUGGUAUUUUUUGGAUUGAUUUAUUACAUUCCAAUUUAUUUCCAAGUUAUUAAAGGUGACAGUGCUACCGAGUCAGGUCUUGAAUUACUUCCAUAUAUUUUUGGUGCAGUAUCAGCGUCUAUAUCAACCGGUCAAAUAAUGUCACGGUCAGAUAUAGCAUCUUAUCGUACGAUAACUAUAAUUGGUGGAAUAUUUAUCACAGUUGGAUCCGGGUUACUUACUUUAUGGAACGAACAUUCUGGAAGAGGUGUUCAAAUUAGUUAUAUGAUUAUCACCGGUGUAGGAGUAGGAGUUGGAGGCGUAUUAGGUAUCGCAAUAAUCGGCACAACAUUCAAUAAUGUUCUUGUCCAUAAAUUGAAUGAACUUUCAUUACCAACCGAAAUAAAGUUGGCAGUGAGACAAUCCGCUAUUGCAGUUCAUGACUUGCCUGACAAUAUGAGAAUUCCGGUUAUAACUGCUUACGUUGAUGCACUGAAAGUAGCCUAUAUAGUUUUAGUACCAAUAGGGAUGUUAUGUACUAUUUCUGCGUUCUUUAUGGGAAAUCUUAAACCUGAAAGGAGUGGAAAAGAGACGGUGGUGGUUAAUGAGUGA